AGUGGUUGUACACAACUUCUACAACACAGGCGUGGAGGGGUGCCAGACCAAUGGUCAAUCAAAACCAGCCCAGUGACCCAUAGCUCAUAGCUAAAAUACGCAAUCAUUGAAUUUCUUUUAUUAUUUCCUAUCAUACAGUCUGUUGCCAUGGAAACAGCACAGCCACGCGGCUGCUCUCACAGUUUAGAAGAAUAUAAAUAAGGUACAUAACAAUAUGUCAAUACAAGCAUUUCAGUCGCACAUCUUAUCUAACGUGUCAUUUAAGCAGUCUUAAAAAACAGCCCUCGGUUUGUGUCUCUUCCGGCCAGCAGAUAAGCGACGUCUGGGAUUUGGCGCCGUGAGUGUAGUACGUGCUCACGUCAUUAUGGAAUGUCAGCAGACACGCCCACUACUUCCAUCUUAGCCAUGUGGCUAUGACCACAACCUAAUACGCGACCGAACGGACUGUUUACACAAUUUAACUCGAAUCGUACAUGAUCGGACCGUCAGCAACAUGUGCGAGUCCGUGUCCAGGUUCCAGGCGGAGGUGGCGGCCGUUAUGGAGGUGUUAGUGAAGGUGGCCGUCGUGGAGAUCACGAAAGUUUUCGAGGGACGCUCGCUGCACACUCAUGGCUGCACGUUCAACAGAGAAGAUCCGAUUAAUAAAGACGCGGUGCCGGUGUCCGACAUCAGAGCUCACAUGCAAAAUGCAUUGAAGAAUACGACCAAGAAGUCCGACAAGAUGGUUCGCAGCGUCGGCGUGCAGGUGGAGGAGACGCUGCUGUCCCAACAUCACGAUGAUCGCCCGUCCAGUGAGAAAGACAGUGUUGUUCCUCACGGGUCUAAGAGAUUGGAGGGUUUGUGUCGUCCUGAAACUCUCUGCAAACAGUCUUCAGAAGCUGUGGAUCUGCAGUGUAUGGUCGACCUUCCAUGCUCCAUCUUCAGUGACAAUGGCAUUGGUUUGGGAAAAGGUGACGCCGGCAUUCGUGCGCCCCUGUGGACAGGCGACUUAAAGAAGCAAGGGACAAUUCUUGAGAAUGGUCAUCAAGGACUUGCUGAGUCGUCUUCAUGUUCCGUAGUAGAUCCGGAGGUCGACCCGUUCAGCUCUGUUGCAGUCAGUAUUCCCAGUGAAGAUCUUAACACAGACACUAUCGGCCAGCUGGAUCUUGGGCUUACGGAUGUAAGUUCUUUGCCUCCCAGAGAGACGCCCCUCGCAGAACCUUCUCAGUCCAGUCAAACCACAGCCGAGCCCACGCAUCUCAGCCAGGGAUCGAACAAUAAAUGCGCCAUACAGGCCAGACACACAUCCAAUUUGAGAAAGGUGCGUUUACAGCGCAGCCAAACGCCUUUCGACUGCAAACUGUUAAAGCCUUGCUCCGUUGAACUCGUGAAUCUUCUGAUGCUGUCGAGAGCCGUAAAAAGAACAAACGCUUCCAGCGCUAAUUUCCCGUCUACACACAAAGAUCUGCGAACCCAUCAAAGCGCACACAGCGGACGCCGACUGUGCUGCUUCACCGAGUGCGGAAACGGCAUUUGGCGUCUGCAGGGGGUCCUCGCGCGCAGCCACCCUCUGGCCUGCAAGAUCUGCGGCAAAAAGUUCAAGCGCAGGAAGAUCUUGAGGAGACACGAGCGCUUCCACACGGGAGAAAAGCCGUACUCGUGUGUACGGUGUAAGAAACGGUUCGCUCUGCGGAAGAGCUUGAGGAGGCACGAAAGGUUCCACACCGGAGAGAGACCCCACAACUGCACUCAAUGUGGAAAAGGCUUCCGUCUCAAGAACAAUCUCAAGGCUCACCUGCGCUUUCACUCGAACGACAAGCCCUACCCGUGCAGCAUGUGCUCCAAGAGUUUUCGCAUCGCCAAGAACCUGGAGAAACACAGACUGACUCACUCUGCACCGGCCAGAUGCCGAUCUGUUAAAUAAGUGAAGAGGUGGUGUGUUUGCUUUUGAUUUUUAUACCAAACACUAUUUCUACCUCACAUAAGAACCACUGGAUCGGACUAACAAAUAUGGUGCAAGGUUUAACGCAGCUGGUCAGUUCAAUGAUUUCCGUUUUAUUUCUAAUGUUGAGUUGUAAAGACUGUUCGGCAUGUUGAGCAGGAAUGUUGUGAAUAUUCUGUAGAUUUUUUUCGUUCGUUUUUCUGCUUGCUCUUGUGAAGCUGUCAUUGAAUGAUGUGUGCACAAUAUGUACGAGUGUAACGUUCAAAACGUGUUGAUUGGCCUUGAGCAUGUGUUGUAACAUUCAUUCGGAUAUGGGUCAUCUAGACUUCAUCUGCUCAAGUAAUAUACACUGGAGAUAAUCUUACGUAUGUUCUGUUGAUGAACAUCUUAAAAAGCUCAAUUGAAACGCUCUCUUGCAUUUUCUAUUCUAGAUUUGAUAUCUGCUUUCUUAGAUUUUUUACGAGCAACGUGAACGUUUCGAUUUUUUUAACCGUAACCUUUUAUAAACGCGCUGUCUCGCUCUUUUUGUUUCAUAAAUGCCUUGGUCAGCAUUAAACUGCAUUUACUUGUUUAUGUUAAAACUUAGCAAUGAUGUAAAAUAGAUUUGAGAUUGUAAACUAUUUCUAACUGUUUGUCAUUGCUCAUAGCCAUUAUGGCCAAACCUACUUACUUUUCUGUUGUAAUAAAUAAUAAUCUCACUUGAGUUUAUCAUUUAAUAUUACGAGAAUAUACGGAGUACAAAAGCAGAGCAGAUGUUAGUCCGGCACCCAGUUUCGAUUCCACAGCUGUUUAUAAGGAAUCGAAAAUUAAAAAAUGUUUUUCAAGUA